GGCGGAUUCGGCUCUAGAUCUUCCGCCGCGCUUUGCAGACGCCGUUCGCCAUGUGCGCCGCCCGGGCCGCGGCCUCCGCCGCCGCCUCGUCCACCGUGUACAACUUCUCGGCGCGCCCGCUGGGCGGCGGGGAGCCCCUGUGCCUGGGCUCCCUGCGGGGCAAGGUGCUGCUCAUCGAGAACGUGGCGUCGCUCUGAGGCACCACGGUCCGGGACUACACCCAGAUGAACGAGCUGCAGCGGCGGCUCGGGCCCCGCGGCCUGGUCGUCCUGGGCUUCCCGUGCAACCAGUUUGGACACCAGGAGAACGCUGAGAACGAAGAGAUUCUAAAUACCCUCAAGUACGUCCGACCCGGUGGCGGGUUCGAGCCCAACUUCACGCUCUUCGAGAAGUGCGAGGUGAAUGGCGCCAAGGCCCAUCCCCUCUUCGCCUUCCUGCGGGGGGCCCUGCCGGCGCCCAGCGACGACCCCACCGCGCUCAUGACCGACCCCAAGCUGAUCAUCUGGUCGCCCGUGUGCCGCAACGACGUGGCCUGGAACUUCGAGAAGUUCCUGGUGGGCCCCGACGGCGUGCCGGUGCGGCGGUACAGCCGCCGCUUCCCCACCAUCGACAUCGAGCGCGACAUCGAGGCCCUGCUGACCCAGGGCCCCGGCUCCGCCUGACGCGCCC